UCUAAUGUCUAAUCUGUGAUCAUCAUCACUGAAGUCGAAAAUUAGAAAAUUCAUGUGUUGUAUUCUAUUUUAUUGGCAUUGCGCUUUUCGUAUGAUUCUUGAUUUGUCUUUAAUUUAGCCGUUGUAAAGUCAUCCUUUGCAGUUAAGGACUUGCAGGCAUAUUUGUUUCUUCAUAUUGACGUUUGACUGCCGUCCUCAUUACUCGUGCAAAUGGAUGAUUCUGUGAUUUCUCCAGGAAAUAAGAUGGCUGAUUCCGCUUCGGAAAGUGACUCUAGUUCACUUGACGGCGGCGCAAUGCUCCCUCCGAGCACUAUUUCGCGUGAUCAGUUACAGAAAAGGAUUGAAUCUCUGCAGCAACAAAAUAGAGUUCUCAAGGUGGAAGUAGAUACCUAUAAACUUCGAGUCAAAGCAUUGCAGGAAGAGAAUCGAGCUUUGAGACAGGCUUCAGUUUCUAUACAAGCUAAAGCUGAGCAAGAAGAGGAAUACAUUUCCAAUACAUUGUUGAAAAAAAUUCAAGCAUUAAAGAAAGAGAAGGAAACAUUAGCACAUCACUAUGAAAGGGAAGAGGAGUGUCUUACUAAUGAUCUCUCAAGAAAAUUAAACCAGUUGCGGCAAGAGAAAUGUCGCCUAGAACAAACUCUUGAGCAAGAGCAGGAAUGUCUAGUGAACAAACUAAUGAGAAAAAUUGAGAAACUUGAAGCAGAGACACUUGCAAAGCAAACCAAUUUAGAAAGACUCCGAAGAGAAAAGGUCGAGUUAGAAAACACUUUAGAACAAGAGCAAGAAGCUCUGGUGAAUAGGCUAUGGAAAAGAAUGGAUAAGCUUGAAGCAGAAAAAAGGUCUCUUCAAAUUAGGUUGGAUCAGCCUGUGUCGGACCCAGCCAGUCCUAGGGACAUUAGUAAUGGAGACACUGCAUCCAAUCUUAGCAAUCAUAUUCAAACAUUGCGCUCAGAGGUUGUCAAGUUAAGGAACCAAUUGGCUGUAUCACAGAAUGAGAAUAAGGAGAAGAUGCAUCGUUUCGCCUUAGAAGAGAAGCAUAUCAGGGAAGAAAAUCUCCGCCUGCAACGGAAACUACAGCAGGAGGUUGAACGUCGUGAAGCGCUGUGUCGGCAUCUCUCUGAAAGUGAAUCGUCGCUUGAAAUGGAGGAGGAGAGACAGUUCAAUGAAGCACUGAGUGCGCGGUCCCGCAGCGUGUCGUCGCCGGGCGGGUCGCGGCCGCUGUCGCCGUACGCGCCGCCGCUGCUGCCCGGCACCGGAUUGCCGCGGCCCUCGAUGCAUCUCAACUCGCAGUCGCGGCGACCCAGCGACCGGUUCGUGAAGCCCGCAGUGCCCAGUAUGGGCGGGCUGGGCCGCGCGCCGCCGCUGGAGCCGGGCGCGUGCCCCGCGCCGCCCGCGGCCCUGCUGCCGCUGGCCGCGCCCGCGCCGCCCCUGCUGCAACCCUCCAGCCCCAUGGACACCUCCUCCAAGGACUAAGAGCGCUUCCACAUCUAGCCUAGGCGCAGACCAUCGAUCAGUGGCGGCGUAGCAUAGGUUGGCACCCGGGGCGGCACCGCC